ACGUGGUUGUACAACACUAGUCCAAACACAGCUGAUUAAGCCGACACAACAAGUCUCAAAUGUGAUCCGACUGUUAUUGCUUAAAAUUCACCUGCAAAAUGGUUAAAAUAAAGCAAAAGGAGGGCAAAAAGAAGCCGCUAACCCGCAAGGAGCAAAGAAAGCAAAAGUCUGAGAUCAAAAAGCAGAACAAACGACUUUAUCACGCCGGCAAAACAAACGGCACUCAGCGCGUGGUCGCAGCGGCGGAGGCGUCGGCAGCGCAGUCACUGCUAGGUAAAAGCAAGAAGAAGAAAAGGAGCAAGAAACCGAAAAUAAAUCCGGAAGAUAUUCCCAGUGAACAGCUCCUGUCCGGCGAAAUUGCCAGCGAUGAUGACGAGUCCAUAGACUCGGAUUUCAGUGAUCCGGAGGUGGAUGCUCUGAUGCCCCAGGCGGAAAAGGUUCAGGUGUUCGAACCUCUGGGUAAGAAGGCAAAGAAAAUGCAAGGAGGCUCUAUCCAAAGGCAGGAUGAAGAGGCAGUGAGAAGAAAGGAACUCCGCCAGCAGAAGGAACUGGAAGCCAAGUCCAAAAAGCAAAGGCUCAAGCAACUCCGUCUGGAGAACCAGGAAGAGGAUCGCGAGAUCAACAAGCUGGAAAAGAAGCUGAAGCUCAACAAAUCCAAGGACAAAAACCGCCUGGUUAGAAAGAUGUUCAACGACGGCCUGGAUUAUUUGCUGGACUUUGUCCUGGACGACGAGGAGGAGAAGCAGAAGUGGGAGGAGAAGCAGGAACGCAAGAAGCGGCUGAAGGAACAACAGGAAAAGGAGGAAGCCGGCAUGUGGAGCGAUGAGGAAGAGCAGGAAGACGAAAAAGCAGACUUCCCGGAAGAUAAUGCAAAUUCGGAAGACGACAGUAGGUCAGAUGAUGAUGAGGACAUUAGCGGAGAUGAAGAAGAAAGCGAGGAGGAGUCCGAACGAGAGGAGGAGUCGCCCAAAAUUAAGGAAGACAUUUACGGGAGGAAACGCGAUGCCGAGGGCAACAUCCUGCCCGAUCCCGUGGAGCAAGAGGCCUCUGUCGCCGGCCAGAAGUACAUACCCCCUCACCAGCGAGCUCUGAUGGCCGCCAGCGCAGGAUCCAGCGAGAAGCAGGCCGAGAUCCUGGCCCGCCUGCUGAAGCAGUGCAAGGGUCUGCUCAAUCGACUGUCCGAGGCGAACCUGCACAAGAUUGCCGCUGGCAUAGAGGCGCUGUACAUGAAGAACUCCCGCUACAACAUGAACGAGACCCUGACCAAGUUGCUCCAGGAAGCCCUCCUGGGCGCCACUCGAACCAACGAGCGAAUGGUGCAGGAGCACAUGGUGUUACUGGCCUACCUGCAUGCCCAAAUAGGCAGCGAGAUCGGUGCCCACUUUCUGCAGACCUUUGUGGAACUAUUCGAGGGUCAUGUUAGGGAUAUAAACAACCUGGAAGUGGAGGAUAAGCGACUGAACAACCUCGUGCUGGUUCUCUGCUACAUGUACCUCUUCAAGAUCUACGAGCUGAGUCUGCUGAUGGAGCUGAUUGGCAAAUUGUCCGACCAGCUCUGCGAGAAGAGCGUGGAGUGCCUUCUGCUGAUCUUCCAGUCCAUUGGCUUCCGCCUGCGCAAGGACGAUCCUCUGGCCUUCAAGACCAUGAUGCAAAGAGUUCAAUCGCAGAUUGCAGGCGCACCUCUGGAACUGAAGGAGAAUCCCCGCCUGCGGUUCAUGGUGGACAUCCUCACUGCUGUCAAGAACAACAACAUGCAAAAGCUGCCCCAAUACGAUCCCGAGUUGGCGGAAAACCUCCGCAAGCGUCUGAAGGCCAUGCUGAAGAACGAUCGCUACGUGGUCACGCUGAACAUAACCCUCGAGGAUCUGCUGCGCGCCGACAAGGUGGGCAAGUGGUGGAUCGUGGGCUCUGCCUGGACGGCAAACCUCGACGAGAUGGGCUCCGCCAAGCAAAAGCCGGACAGGAACUCGUCGAAGUCUGCGAAUGGAGGAUUCGCAGAUCAGCUGCUUGAGCUGGCCAAAAAGCAGCAAAUGAACACAGCGGAAAGGCGGAACAUCUUCUGCAUUAUCAUGAGUGCCGCCGACUACGUGGAUGCCUUCGAGAAGAUCCUGCACUUGGCUCUGAAGGACCAGCGGUCGGUGGCCUAUGUGAUCAUCCAUUGCGCCCUCAACGAGAAGCGAGCCAAUCCUUACUACGCCCACCUGGCCCUCAAGUUCUGUCAGUUCAACAGGAAGUAUCAGUUGGCAUUCCAGUUCGCCAGCUGGGACCGGAUUAAUGACAUUGAAAAGCUGUCCAAACCGCAGAUCCGCAAUCUGGCCAGCUUUCUCCAGCAAGUCAUCCUGGCCGCUGGUCUGCAGCUGUCUGUUCUCAAAGUCGUGGACUUCAUGCAGCUGGACAAGCUGAGCUUCUACUUCAUGAAGGAGGUCAUGGUGCGGUUGCUGUUGGCGCCUGAUGAGCGGGAGGUUUAUCAGACAUUCGAACGCGUGGCCAAGAACCCCAAGCUCCAGCAGUUCAAACAGAGCGUGAGGCUUUUCCUGCAGCACUUCCUUCUGAAACCGGAUCAACUGGAGAAGCUCAAGUUGAAGGAGGAGGAGCAGCAGCUGCUGCAGCAGCGGGUGGAUCAUCUGGACAAGCUGUUGGCUUAUGUGGACCUGUAAAUUUAAGUAGACUUCAAAGGUGACCUUAUUAAAUUGUACAUUUUUUUCUAAAAAUGUGGGUUUAAUCUGA